GCUGUGUGUGUGCUAUGUGUUUACCUGUGUGUCUUCCGUUCGUCAGUGUGGUUUAUGGUUAAAAUGCAAGCACAGUGGAAACUCCGCCUAUCAAAAGUAAAAUUACAGCAACCAAAAAAAGGCAGCGUGCCGCAGAGGCUCCAUUUCCUCAGAGAGGCAGAGAGAGAGAGAGAGAGAGAGAGAGAGGGAGAAAGAGAGGGUUUAGGUUCUGAUUAAUGUUCCCAUCACAAAAGAGAGACAGAGAGUCUGAAUGGAACGGACAGGGAGAAUGUGAGAAACAGGGGUAGCACUAGUGCCGGCGCUGACAGACUCACCCACCAGCCAGCCGAUUGAUCGAAGCCGCUGAAGGCAGAAGAGUUGGGGAAAAAGAAGAAAAAAGAAAAAAGAGGAGGAAAAAGCAAUACAUAAAGAGAGAUACCAAGAGGCCGGGGAGAGACAGAGCAACUUACUGACAGAGAACAGCCGGCAUACGUCUGGCCAUCGAAAAAGCUGCCAUGAGACAAUGCUCCACCUGCGUCCUUCUCAUCCUUACCUUCCUGCACACAGGCGGAUCCAACAGCAAGAUCGCCGUCUCCCACAGGUGGGUGGGAGACGCGCUGAUUGUGACCUGUGACAUUCUGAGUGAGGACAGGGUGACCCAAAUCAACUGGGAGUGGGUCUGGGGAUACAAUCGCACCAAACUGGGGACCUUCCACCCUGAGCACGGCACCUACAUUGCCCCGGAGCACAAAGGAAGUGUGGAAAUCCAGGGCAGCUCCUCGCCCCGCACUACCUCUCUCAUUCUGCUGGGGGCAGACACGAGCAACAGCAGCCUGCUCUGCUGUGUGUUCAUCACCUUCCCCUCCGGGAGCUUGGAGGGCUGCGCAGACACCAGCAGCACACUGGCAGCAGAGGCUCAGGAAGCAGAGACCCAGGAGCAGGCAGACCCUGUGGGAUGGUGGAAGCUGGUGGUGAUUGUCGCCGUUGUCUCCCUCCCAGCACUGAUCACCUGCUUCUACCUUUGCUGGAGGUGUUGCAGCAGGAGACAAGUGUUUCAGGUAGAACGCACAUAUCUCACAGACCCACAGACAGAGGACUCAACAAGGGAGAUGGCCCAGCCUCCUCCCCAACAAGACCAACCUGAGGCAUUUGACCCUUCAAAGCUUUACACCAAGAUAAAAAUUGACUAUUACUACGGCAGACUGUGGAAGGCCUAUGAGAGCAGCACCCGCUGGGCAGCGGGUCCCCAGACAAACCCCCGCAGGAUUUAUUAUCUACUGGGGGAGCAUCUACAACCAGAGAAAGGCGAUGAGGGCCUCCAGCAGGAAUGAGCCGCACUGCUGGCCUUGGUCUGCUAUUUCAGCCAUAGUGCGGCAUCCAAUUUGGGGCACAUACCGGCAGUGUUACCACAGAUAUUCUGUAUUGUGACCAGAUAUUCACCUCCUGUGUUCCUUCCGUGCUCUGUCUGGAAGGUGCCAGGGAUAACAGGAGAUUCCGGUAUUGUCUGCCCUGCUAUGCUAUUGUUGAAGGGGGCCCUUCAAAAAUGUUCAUAACCUGCCAGAGAACACAGUGCUUGUAGCUUCAACAAUGGCAGUAACAGAACUUUAGAUAGGAAGCACACCAAGCUGAUUGCUUGGUCAAUAUAUAGAUGAUCUCAAAAUAUAGGUACAUAUCACUGCAAAUCUCAGGGAAAAAAUACUCUGCUACUUCAUUGUUUAAAUGUAGUCACUAACCACUUUUUUAGCAUAAAGUGUAAUGCUUAGUUUUCAGGGUUGCCAGUUUUCUUCAUUCUUUCUUUUUUUAAACAGAGCUGUCUUUAAAUAAGCAUGGAAAGUCUGACAACCUCAUAAUGACCAACAGGAUCAACAGAUUUUAUGAAUGUUACAAAUUGUGCCAAAAUACCGCUUCAGAGAAGAAGACUUGCACAAUACAUAAUAGUGCGUUUUCAAACAUGACCAACACUCUUGUCGCGUAUACAUUAUGUUACCUGCAUAUGGAAGAAAAACGAGGGUUAUGAUAUGGGUAAUCUAA